UCGUGAUGGUUUCCUGGCAACGCAUGACGCCAAGAUGUCUGCUGCGAUCAUCCAAGAUCAACUGCGGAAAUGCGGCUACAGGAGAGAUUCUGACGUAUCUGAGCUGUACCUUGGUAGAAAGGGUCUCAAAGAAGUUGCUGAUCUUUCACGAUUUCGAAUGUUAAGGUAUUUGUGGCUAAAUCACAACAAGAUUAAAAAAAUAACUUGUCUAACCAAUAACUACAGGCUGUCAGAGUUGUAUCUCAACAACAAUGAACUCAGAGAUAUCACAGGUUAUUUGAAGCAUUUAACCUCAUUACGCAUACUGCUGUUAAAUGAUAAUUAUCUUACAAAGCUGCAAGUAACUGUGAUGGAACUGAAGGGGAUGACUAGUCUCCAUACCCUAAAUUUAUUCCACAACCCUUUGGCUCAAGUUUCAGAUUAUCGUCUUUAUGUCAUACAUCAUCUUCCUUCAGUACAACUUCUUGAUCGUGAAAAGGUGACUUACAAGGAAGGCGAAGCUGCUUUUAAAGUUUAUAACCCUGAGAGGACAGCUGUGAUCCAGUCGUUAGGUUUUGGAAGAAGAGCGGACUUAGUGCUUACACCUAAAAGACCGCUUGUAGCAAACUCCAUAGAAAGCAGCGCAACACUGACCUCAGGAUAUCACAAUGUUGGGAAUGAGCAUCAUAGGAAAAACAUGGGAGUUCCGGAAAAGGUCAUUAUAUCAAGAGCAAACCAGAGAUCCGUUAUGCAGUUUUCAUACCUGGAUUGGAAUAAGGUUCCACCUUCAAGGCAGAAGCUCUUUGAAGACCAUCCAGUUCAACCACAUGAGACAAUCCUUGUAGAGUUACGAUAAUGCCAAGGUCUUAAUUAAGCAAUAAAUGUAAUAAAGUCAGAAA